UCUUCCCUCAUUUCCAUUAUAAAUUUCCUUUUACUAUUACUGUUUUUUUUUUUUUGUCAUAUUCAUAUAUUUCACCUUUUCUUUCCAACAUGGAAGGGUGAUUACAAAAAAAAAAAUACAGUCACUACAGCAAAGAGCAACAAAGAGAAAGAAAAGGAGAGAAAGAGAAAGAAAGAGACGACAGACAGAGGACAACACAUAUACAAAGAGAAAGGAAAGGAAAGGAAAGGAAAGAAAAGAAGAGGGAGGAAUUGAAGAAGCUUUCAAUACCACAGAAGAGAAAACGAUGUCUAAGAGCUUUACAUCCUCUCAGACUCUGCAACUCUAGUAAGUGGGUCACCGAUCCAUAAUUGAACAGCAAAGGCUGAAAGGAAGGAGAAGUGGGGGGGUCGGGAGAGGAGAGGAAAUAAACAAGAAUAUGAUCAUGAAGAAGAAGAAGAUAUUGAUAUGGAAAUAGCAACACCACCACUUGUCUCAUCAAUUCUUUCUCAACACUCGAAGACUCACCAUCAGAUUCCAAUUCAAGGCAAGAGCAAUAAUUCUACAAAUUCUAUGUCCCAAGAUUACCGCCAAGCAGCUGGCAUCUUCAGCUUCUCGAAUGGCUUCGAGAGAUCAGCCGUCAGCCACCAAGAACACCAACAGCAGCAACAACAUCACUUAGUACAGCAGAUCCCGAGAGAUAAACUAAGAGUUCAAGGCUUUGAGCCACCACCUCCACCAUUAGUAGGGAUCGAAGAGGAAGAAUCAAGUCCUCUUCCUGUUUACGAAACAGCAGGUAUGUUAUCAGAAAUGUUCAAUUUUCCUUCAGGUGUGGCUGCUGCUGCCACCGCAUCUACGGAGUUAUUAGACCAGCCUGUACAUCCUAAUUAUCGAGCACAAAGGCCACCAGGUAAUACCAACGAGUGGUAUGGCAACAGGCAACAAGGUGUUGUUGGGGGUUUGGGACAGUUAGGUGAAUCAAAGGGUCACAAUAACCGUGACAGUUUAGCUCAACAGCAUCAUCAGCAGUUACCAAGCAUUAAUGCCGACUCAGCAGCUGCCAUGCAUCUUUUCUUGAUGAAUCCGCAGCCAAGAUCACCAUCUCCUCCUCCAGCAACUUCUUCUAAUACUCUUCAUAUGUUGCUUCCAAACCCAUCUACUUCUCUUCACGGGUUUAAUGUAUCGGGUCCCGGAGGGGCUUUCGGUCCAAGCACUGUACUAUCUCCACCUCAAUUCACUUGGGUUCCUGAUAGUUCUCAUGAAGGAGGCAACACUAGUUCCCAACUCAACAACCCAAGUGAAAUUGGAGGUGUAGUAGAAGGCCAAGGCCUUUCACUAUCUUUAUCAUCUUCUUUGCAACACUUGGAGGCUGCCAAAGCUGAAGAAUUGAGGAUGGGAGAUGGCGGGUUACUGUAUUAUAAUCAAGGAGGGGGUUCUUCUGCUGCUGCCCAGUUUCAGUACAAGUAUUUGGGUAGUCAUCAUCAGCCACUGCAUUUGCAAGGUGGAGUGGGUCAAAACCAUCAGGUUCAUGUUGGAUACGCAUCCUCCUUAGGGAUGGUCAAUGUGUUGAGAAAUUCAAAGUAUGUUAAAGCAGCUCAGGAAUUGUUAGAAGAAUUCUGUAGUGUUGGAAGAGGCCAGUUCAAGAAGAACAAGUUUGGUAGAAAUAAUACAAACCCUAGUUCUAAUCCUGGUAGUAGUGGUGCUGGAGGUGGUGGUUCCUCUUCAUCAACAAAGGAUCUUCCUCCUUUAUCAGGAGCUGAUAGAAUUGAACAUCAAAGAAGGAAGGUCAAACUUUUAUCAAUGCUUGAUGAGGUGGACCGGAGAUACAACCAUUACUGUGAACAAAUGCAAAUGGUAGUGAACUCAUUUGAUCUAGUGAUGGGCUUUGGGGCGGCAGUGCCAUACACUGCCCUUGCUCAGAAGGCAAUGUCAAGGCAUUUUAGGUGUUUGAAAGAUGCGAUAUUAGCACAAUUGAAGCACAGCUGUGAGCUGCUGGGUGAGAAAGAUGGCGCUGGAACCUCAGGCAUAACCAAAGGAGAGACACCGAGGCUAAGGCUGCUAGAGCAAAGCUUAAGACAACAAAGAGCAUUCCAUCAAAUGGGUAUGAUGGAACAAGAAGCUUGGAGACCCCAGAGGGGUCUGCCUGAACGUUCUGUCAACAUUUUGAGGGCCUGGCUUUUCGAACAUUUUCUCCACCCGUACCCAAGCGAUGCAGAUAAGCACCUGUUGGCUCGACAGACUGGUUUAUCAAGAAAUCAGGUUUCAAAUUGGUUCAUAAAUGCCAGGGUUCGGUUGUGGAAACCCAUGGUGGAAGAUAUGUAUCAACAAGAGACUAAAGAAGAGGCAGAAAAUAAUGAGAGAGAAAGGAACCCAAACAACAGUAACAACAGCAGCAACAAUGCACAAAUAUCAACGCCUUCAACAACAGGAUCAGCAGCAGCAGCAACAGCUGCCACAGCAGCAUCAACACCAACAACGACAACAACAGCUACAACAACAACCACACCAGCAGGCAAAAGAUCCGAAAUCAAUGCUAAAGAAAACGACCCUUCACUCAUUGCAAUCAAUAGACAAUGCUUCUCGGAAAAUCAAGCAAAGCAGUGCACCCCCACUACCACUACCACCACCACCAUUAUUACUAGUACUCCCACCACCAACACCACUGCCACUGAGGUGGCGCCAACCAUCUCCCAACAACCUUUCACCACCACCCAUGACUCGGAUAUGCACCAGAGGAUAGCUGGCGUCGAUGACACGUUUCUUCGUGGCAGCAUUGUUGCAGCGGAUUACGGGACCACUCCUGGUAACACUGACAUUGGUUCUACAUUCAUAAGGUUCGGGACCACGGCUGGUGAUGUAUCACUCACUCUAGGGCUACGCCAUGCUGGAAACAUCCCCGAGAAGAGUUCUUCUUUCUCAGUUAGAGACUUUGGGGGCUGUUAAUUCGACAUACACAUUCCAUAAUAUUCUCUUAAUAUAGAAAACAAGAAUCCCAAUUCCCAUUUCUUUUUCCUUUUCUUUUGUCACCCUCUUUUUUUGUUCAAUUCUAUCAAGAAACAAAAAAUGCAUAACGAUAAACGUAGCAUUAUGUUAGCUAGCUGUAUUUGGCCUUAUUAUAAUUGUAUAGUAGAUUGUUUUACUUCUAUAUGUACUCAAGGUUUUGUACCCUUAUAUUUUAUUGAAUAACAUGAAAUAUUCAUGGUUUUGAGGGAUAGAAAGUGAGAGAUAUGAUCAUAUAUAAUUGCU